GCCCAUUGUCCUCGACUUUGAGGAUGGCGUGUAUUAGGAGCGGACCUCGAAUCUGCUCGCUACAGCGAUGGGUUACCAGCGCCACAAAUGAUGAAGGAGAGUUAGAACUUACGAUCAGGCUGACGGGGAGAUAGAUGGAAUUCCAACCUCGACAUAAAGGCAAGCAUCAUCUAUCCGUACAUCCGGGAAGCCACCAGGGUCUCAUCGCAUCGUUUCCUACACCAGCCGUACUGCCUCGCCGAAGUCCAUCACGGAUGUCGAGGUCAUUGGUCGCAUCCAAGCAUACCCGGUUUUCUCGCGUCCAACAAAUGGAUCGCAGCACGGUUUGGGUGAUCAAUUGCACUGGCAAUUCCUAUCGGUCCUUGGCCAUCGCGGACACCUGGGAAUGCGGCGGCCAGGCGCUUGAGGCCUGUCUCCGUUUGACCAACAACUUUGCUGAUCCAUCAACCGGCUCCCUCUUGGAGCCGAACUUCGUCUGGCUGCCGACUGGUACAAAUACCAUGCGAGCCCAGAGGCUCCUGAAAAGAAGCUAUACCCACGCCCACCUCUGUAGUGGUCAGCAGUAUGCAUCAGGCGCAACGUGAGCGAUUAUUGGCCUACGGUCAUCGCUGAACCUGUUCGCUUUCCGUUCAUCAGCACUUAUCUCGUAUUGGGGGCAAGUACACCGCAUGGGAAACAG